UGAACGGACCUAUCCAUUGCAAACACAAACGGCCCGGGUAAUGGCGGUAAAGGGAGACAAUAAAGACUGAUCAUCCAUAUGUACAUCAGCAAUUUACUGAACGAGGAAAGCUCUGCCUUAAAACAUUUUUUUUUUCAGACAAGUGACAUCUUUGUAUAGCCCCAUUGUUGGCCAUAAGCCAAGCCGUUCUUUUUCCUAUUUCCUUUUCUUUUCAAUAGACAAUGGUUCAUGGUCUAUUUAUAUCGCGUACAUACCUUAAGCUGCUGCGCAACCUCGGCGCUCAAGACAUUGCUGGACACUGCACUCGCGUUCCUCAAUAUACGCCGGCCAGACGCUCUCUAGUUUCACAGUCUUGUCACUUUUUCUCAGGAAUUGGUUAUCGCGCAAUCGUAUCUCUAUUGUGUGAAUGCAGGGCCGCCAAGUUGACGCCGUUUAUGCAUAUCACAGAAACAAGAAAUUAAGAGAACUACACGUCUGGAUCGUUCUGACAACGUACUGCUUUACCUGCUUCUAGAACUGUUCAUUAGUGGAGUUCGAAUUUAGGUCGAGGCUCGCUUCGGAGGAGGAGUCGCUUACGUGCAAGUGAAUAUGGAUAUGUGGAGAGCGAGAUCACUUUGUCCUAUACCGCUUUUAUUCGCGUUUGUUUCGCUGAAAGUCGUCUUGCCUCCCUUGCCUGAACGUAAGCUCAUCAAAGACGAUUACCAAAACGUCUCGCAGCUGAUAACCAGCAACGGCUACCCCGUAGAGGAAUACACCGUUACUACCAGAGACUCUUACGUCAUCAUGAUACAACGAAUACCCAGAGGACGCAGAGAGCCACAGGGGCAGCGAAGAAAGCCGGUCGCCUUCCUCAUGACUGGGCUUCUAAGUAGCAGCGCGGAUUACGUGGUUAACUUGCCGGAUCAAAGCCUUGGUUUCAUCCUAGCAGACAACGGCUUUGAUGUGUGGUUGGGAAACGUCAGAGGUACCACUUACUCAAGCCACCGCCGCCUCAAGAACUGGAUGAAAAAGUACUGGGAUUUCAGCUUUGACGAAAUGAUCAACUUCGAUCUACCAGCGCAGAUAGACAUGAUCCUGGAAAAGACCGAGAGUCCUUCUCUGCUGUAUGUAGGGUGGUCUCAAGGAAGCCUUAUAAUGUUUGGGUUACUUGCGUCGAAACCACAGUACAACCAGAAGGUUCGACUAUUCAACGCCAUCGCACCAGUGGCCUAUCUGGGUCACAUGACAUCGGAAAUGAAAGAGAUGGUUCCGUUCGCUGACUUCCUGGACGGUCUUCUCCAGAUGACGCUGAACGGGGCUUUCUUGGCAAAAAACGGCCCCGUUUUCCAGCAAAUAAAGAAAGACGAAUGUGGAAGUACCAUGCAACGUCCGGCUUGUAAAGCAGUCUUUAAGCUCGUUAAUGGCGGAUUCCCGAUAGAAAUGAACAAGACGAGGUUUCCAGUUUACUUGGCUAAUAACCCUGCCGGAUCUUCGGUACGCAACAUGUACCACUUCGCACAGAUCAUCAGGGACAAUCGCCUUCAGAUGUUUGAUUGGGGGCCAUUGCAGAACAAGAAAAUUUAUGGGCAGAAACGCCCGCCGGAGUACGACCUCUCCAGGGUCACAGCCCCGGUGGCCCUCUACUGGAGCGCCGGUGACGUGCUGGCCCGGCCAGUGGAUGUGAAACACCUCGCGAAGCGCUUGCCCAACGUGGUGCUUAGCUACAAGGUGCCCGUGCGUGGAUUUACGCACAUCGACUUCGUGUGGAGCAUCUAUGCCAAGGACCACUUGUACAAGGAGAUUCUGCGCAUGAUGCUCAAGUACUCGCAGGAGCAGCAGCCGCCAUCGUCGCCGGGGUUCGAUCGAAACAACAUUGUGCGCAUGUGACACGUGUACGUGCAGCUACACGUCACGUUUCUGUGCAUUUACCCCCACCUGGGCGCAAGUUCUUCACUAAGGGUGCCCAAAGUAGUGCCCGAUGGAAAAUGAGAUUAGUAUAAUAUGCGCGCAAAUGGUUGUUCUCCUUCACCCAUCUUGCCGUCACUGUCCCACAGAACGUGCAUCUGGUCAUGCGUAAAUAUUUUUUUUACCAUUUCUUUUCAGUCUCUUGGGCGACAAGCAUGUCGGACGCUAGGUGGCAUGCUUCAUCGGUCACCGGCCCAUUUCAAAGGGCAUGCCAUUAAAACACGAUCAGAUAACAAUGCAGUUGCCUGUCAGCACGUACAGUCAAGUGCAAAUGUCUAGAGACCACGGCAUAUGUAAAAAAAAAAAAUGACUUCUACCAUAGCCAUACAACGUGAAAUUGUAUAAAAGCACCACGCUGGUCAAGCAGACGCACGUGGGCAGCAUACUUCAUUUCAGCCUUUAUUCCUAGGCUAAGAAAAAAAUAAAUUUAGCGUUCCACUACAUGUGUCAUUCAUCAGUUGCGGAGCUCUCUUCAGUACUCAAAGGAGAACGGAUCACCGGUGGUUAGAGCUUAGUAAGCCACAGGCCUGCAUCCAAAGUCUCGCCACAAUAAACUGGUGCGUCGCUACUUCAAACGUGCGCUCGAUCUUCGGAGAAAAGUGAACGCAGAAACAAGCAGCAAGAAACACAAGACAACUGCGUUAACGAGUGAACCAUUUUAUCUACACUCAAUCACCCAUGACACCGGUCGUACAUGCGCAUGGUCCUCGGGUGGCACAGGAAGCAAAAGGCCUGGCAUCAAGAACAAAUACAUGGGUGAGGCAUCCUUGGCAUGUCACUGCGGUACGAGGGCUCCCCGUGGCUACACCACGCACAAUCUCACUGCGGACGGCAGGGCCGAGAUGAGCAAUAUCCAGACAAAACCCGGCAGCCUUACCUUGCGAUUAGUGCGGUUAGCCAUAGUAGGGCCAUGUAGCAAGCACAUGCGCAGCUCUUCAGACUUAUGGGGUUCAGAAAGGUGCAGCUCAAGGCAUGCACUCGCUGUAGGCAGAAGACAGUGUAGACGAACAAAUGUCCAAGCGAUACAGAAUGGGAUCGCCGUACAAGAGGAAAACAUGGGCGCAGCUUGCACUGUCCCAGUGAUGCUAGAGUCAGUCUGCUAUAGGAGGUGCCUUUGCUCAGCUCUACCCAAGGCCGUGACAAUUGCGCGACUGGGAGAGAAGCGUUCAGUUUUCACUACAACAGGCCUAACGAGAUCGGUCCACUAGACUUCCAAGCCUGGAGUGACAGCAGAGCGACAAACCAACUGCUGCCCUUUCCCAUUGUGGAUGGAAAGAAAAAACGGUGCCAGUGACGAAAAAAUAGGCAAAAAAACCCGCGCAAAGGCUAUGAUGCACACCAAAAUAACCGCCAGCACACAUUCCGUUUGUAGAUUUUUUAAUGGCAUCCGUUCUUGUAUCUACAACAUUAAAGUGAAUGUUGCGCUGAACAAUUUGGGAAAGAUGGAUACAUUUGUCAGUUACACUGGAAGCAUAUCGCGGUAAGGACGAUCGACAAAGGCUAGACAGGACAAGCGCUUGUCCUGUCUAGUCUUUGUCGAUCGUCCUUACCGUGCUAUGCUUCCAGUGUAACUAUGUAUUACCAACAAGUCCAAGCCUACAGUCUUCUGAAAAACAUUUGUCAGCCCAGCAUGAUGGGAAGUAGGCGUAAUUGUUAAGCUUACGAGCAUCCUAAAGGGAUGAGCCUGCUCAUGCAUGCAAGUGCCUGCUGUGUUCUUUAAAGAGUAUGGGUGCUGUCCACUGGAAUUGUGUGCGAGUACACCACUGCAAGCACUUUACAUGCCAGUUAGUGGACUGCAUUUUCUGGACAAACAUUGAUUCAGAGGGCGACGAUCAUGCAUGUGUGAUGACACAUGCCUAUCAGAAGCUGUGUGGAGGAGACAGUAAAUUGCAGACGUCAAUGUGCCAUGUGCCCAUUCCUUGUAUUAUUUGCGAUUAAAUUGUGCGACCUUAGA